AUGUCAGAUCGGAAUUGGACAAGCUCAUAUCAAUUUGCCUUGAGAUGGACGCUGCUGACCAUCCCAAACGCGAUUAUUGGUAUUGUCACUCUCAUUGCCAUUUACUCAGUUUCACUCGCCGUCUACAAUGUCCUAUUUCACCCAUUGGCAAAGCACCCAGGCCCUGUGUUUCGCAGGGCCAGCAAAAUCCCAUACUUGGCGGCAAUGUGGACCGGAUAUCACCAUCAUGCUAUGCAUCAGCUACAUGAGAAAUAUGGCCCAAUAGUGCGCAUCGCCCCCAACAACCUCUCGUUCAUAAACCCGCAAGCCUGGAAGGACAUUUAUGCCCAUAAGAAAACCCGAGACCAGGAAAUGAUCAAAGAUCCAGAGUUUUACGUGCGGAACCCCGAUGCCCCUACGAUUGUCAAUGGUAAUCAUGAGGAGCAUGCGCGUUACCGACGUUUGUACUCCCCCGGGUUCUCGGCACGUUCCCUGCGAGAACAAGAGCCGCUUAUCCAGAAUUAUGUGGAAAUGUUCAUCAAAGGUAUUAGUCGGGCAUGUGAGCAGGGCGAAACUCUGCUAGACAUGGUUCAGUGGUUCAAUUUUGUGACCUUUGAUAUCAUUGGAGACCUGGCAUUUGGAGAGCCUUUCGGGUGUCUGGAAAACGGCGCCACAGAUUGGCUUCUGAAACUCAACCAGAUCGAAGAAGCACAGAUGCAGUUCCGAAUCAUACAGCACAUACCACUACUGGGUCGAUUUGCUCGUCAGAUUGUGAAUGCAAUGCUUCCUUCCGAUGCUGUCCGAGGAUCAGAAGGCCAUCGAAAACUCACCUAUGAGAAGGUCGCACGCCGCGUCAGUAACAAUGCCCAUAGACCGGACUUUAUGGAUCAUAUCCUUCGCCAACCGCAGGGCAAAGGAUUCACGUUCCAGGAGAUGCUAAGCAACUCAGCUACGUUGAUUCAGGCAGGUAGCGAGACAACAGCUACACUUCUGUCCGGGGCCCUAUUCCUUCUGCUUCAACACCCUGACAAGAUGGAGAAGCUAGUAAACGAGCUAACAACGGCAUUUAAGAACGGCAAUGAUAUGACUAUCGAGAACACCAAUAAUCUCCCAUAUUUGGCAGCUGUCCUUGAAGAAGGCUUACGGUUGUACUCACCUGCUGUGCCGGGAUUCCCGCGACGGGUUCCAGAGGGUGGAGCCUCAAUUGAUGGCGAGUAUGUUCCUGGUGGAACUUCAGUAGCUGUAAAUCACUACGCCGCUUAUCAUUCGCCUCUAAACUUUACUCGGCCGCAACAGUUUAUUCCCGAGCGAUUUAUUGAUCUCGAUGCGUUCCCAGACGACAGACGAGAGGUUUUGCAGCCAUUCAGCGUGGGCCCUCGUAACUGCAUUGCCUCGCGUAUGCGGAGGGCCGACUUAUCUUAG